UCAUAUAGCAAUAGUGCCGACACGUCACAAUUUAUUUAUUUUUUUAUUAAUAAUUCAUGUCAUUUAGAGCUGAAUUAAUAACUGACCCACGUAGUCAGUAUGAAGUUGAUCGAAAAUUCACAAAAUUUUAUUUGAACUAUUCGCCCAAAACGCCAUUAGGUGAUAAUUAUAAGCCCAACUAUUGUGUUCUGCCAGCAAAAUAUGCCGAAAUACAUGAUAAGAUCCAAGAAUUUGAGGUGCGGUCGGAUGAUGUGCUUUUAUGUGGAAUCAGUAAAUCUGGCACCACUUGGGCUCAAGAAAUGGUGUGGUUGAUCAAUAAUAAUUUGGAUUAUGAAACGGCAAAAUCACAGAAUUUGUUGUAUGAACGUUUUCGUUUGCUUGAGUACGAAUCACUAAAAGCGAACGAAACUGAAAUUUUAGGACUGAACGACAGUGAAAUAGAUUUGUUAAAUCGGACAAAAUCACCUCGUCACAUCAAAUGCCAUUUGCCUAUGGCUUUUCUACCGACUGCAGUAUGGAAAAUUCAGCCAAAAAUCAUUUAUGUCAUGCGUAAUCCAAAGGACGCAGCCAUUUCUUACUACCAUCACAUGAAAAGUAUGCGGGGUUUCAAGGGGAAUUUGGAUGACUUUUUCGGACUGUAUUUAUCGGGUCAAGUACUAUGUGGUCCAUACUUUGAUCACGUAAUGGGAUUCUGGAAAUUAAGACAUCUGCCCAACAUUCUUUUGCUUACUUACGAGGACAUGAAGCGUGAUUUGAAGGAUGUGUUACAGAAAAUAGCAGACUUUCUCGGAAAAAGUCUUUCAAAUGAUGAAAUCCACACGUUGUAUGAACACCUUCAAGUCGAUUCGAUGCGACAAAAUCCGAGUUGUAAUUUUGAAGAACGUAUUCAGAAAGCAGCGAUCAAUAAAGAAUUCAAAUUCAUCAGACGAGGAAUAGCUGGCGCAUAUAAGGACGAAAUGCCUGCUCAUUGGAUUAACAAAUUUGACGAGGAAAUUCGAGUGCACAUGGGAAAUUGCACGUUUUAUCAGUAAUGAAAUUGAAUUGAGCUUGUUUAAUGGUUUAUUCUUAUCUACAAUGUUUGACGAGUCUAUCCCAAAGAAUUAUGUUCCUUUGGAAUGUAAUUCCUUUGGAAUGUAAUUAUUCAAACAGUUUGAUACGACAACGAAAUUUUAAUCUGAAAUAAUGUGUAAGACACAUUUGUAAGACAAAUAAAAAAGCACAGAAAAA